UUGACAGUUGGCUGGUCCAAUGACUAGCAUGAAGGACGCUGGCAGCAUUCCAUAAACCGGUGAGAGAACGUGUGGCAGGCCGACGGAGAGCGGAGCAACUUUGUGAACAGCACAAUCUUUUAUACGUUAACAUUAACUAGUCAGGAGGUCAAGACGCCAGAAGACCACGUGACGAGAAACGUGAGCUUCUGCUACGGCCUCCCUUUUUUUUUCCCCUUCUUUUCUCCUUCGCCCACCUGACGAGCUCGUCGGCACUACUUCCGGGUUGCCUUUUCGCUCACACGCAGCUCGAAUAUGGCACUUUUACUGGAUAACAAAUUUAAAGAGCUCCCCCCGGACAAGUCAGUGGACACUAAAGUCUUCCUGGACACCGUCUCUCACCUUCCUGCGUUUUUUGACUGCAUGGGAUCCAGGAUUUUUGGGCUCAUCAAGUCAGAUGUUCAUGGAAAUAUAACGAAGAUAAAGGGAGUAUAUCUUAAAGACCCUGCCAGGUAUCCCACCCUGCAGCACAUUCUGGAGGCAGAGAAAGCUGCACACGGAGAAGAAUGGCCUAAAGUUGGAGCCACUUUAGCGCUGAUGUGGCUCAAGAGAGGUCUGCGUUUCAUUCAGGUGCUGCUGCAGAGUUUGGCGGACGGAGAGCGAGACGAACGUAACCCCAACCUCAUACAAGUCAAUGUCACCAAAGCCUACAAUCACGCGCUUAAGAAAUACCAUGGCUGGCUUAUUCAAAAAAUAUUCAAGGCAGCAUUGCUGGCUGCACCCUACAGAUCAGAAUUUCUUAAGGCUCUGUCAAAGGGCGAGGAGCUGAAAGAGGAGGAGUGCCUGGAGAACGUGCGUGAGUUCCUGGUUAAUUACACUGCCACGAUAGAUGCCAUCUACGAGAUGUACACAACGUUAAAUGCAGAGCUGGACUACACAGUUUGACAUGGGACUAACCGGACUGCAUUCCUGACAGCUGUGGGAAAAAUUCCCAUUAGGUUAGAGAUCAAUUAUUUCCUUUUUUCUCUGUGUGGUAUUUAUUAAUGUAAUCAUGCCUUACUAAAUAUUAUGUAUUUGGAUGUGAAUCUUUGAUUUUUAACUGUUACAGAAGUUUAUAACUUUUAAACUUUAAAAACUAACUGUAGGAUUGUUCCAGCGCUUACAUUUGCUCAGUUUUCCAUUGUUGUACCAGUCGGGUUUCAGCUGUUCCAUUAGGACAUGAAGACGAUGGCGUAAACGCUGAUCGGGUCUUUAUGCCUCCUGAGCCGUGCCGUUACUGCCACUGUGAACCUCAUAUCUACAAAAACUACCAGCCAGCUUCAGAAUCCACUUGGUGCCUUGUAGCCACUGAAUGAUGGAAAUGUCAUGCAGCUGCACAAAUACUUGAAGUGCUUUAGUUGUGUUGUUUGCUGUGUGUUAUUGUUAACUUUUAUAGUUUUAUUGCGUACCUGCCUUCUUUUAUACACUUUAUUCAUUCAUUAAUCUGAUCUACAUAAAUGGCACAUUUUUUUGUAUGUAGGGUGUAUUUUGGGGUAAAUGAUGAUCUUUUUUCUCUAAGCAGAACCUUUUUUUAAUAAAGAAAAUAAAAUCACCAUAACAUGCCCAAUUCAUGGGUUCUACUCUAGAUGGCGAUAUUUACUUUUUCUCCUUUGGUAAUCCCAUUUCUGAUUCAUGCUAUGUAUGAAGUGUUUAAUUUUGGUGAUUAAAAUCUACUAUUUUGUGUGAAA